ACUGUUUGUUUGUUCAAACGGCGUUUUACCGGGUGCUGGGGUUUUUGACUGGCUCGGAUCGGCCAGGUUUUCAGUUGUGAGAAAGGGCAUAUAUGAUAUGACUGAAGGCGUUACGGAGUUUACUCGACGCGACACCGAGAGAGGAGGGGAGGGAUUCACGACCCUCGCCACCAACGAUGGACGAUGCGGCAGACUGGUCCGGGCGGGAACCCGGCAAUUUCCGUCUCCGAAUCGUUUACCUCGCUCACUCCCUGAGGACUGAGAAGGGAAAUGACAUUCCAUGCAUGUUGGGGGAGGGAAGGAUGGUGGACUCGCGCUCAGCCCCGCUGAUUGUGCGUCGCCACCGUCUCAAGCGACUGGGUCCUCCGGCCAUCGUGUUGAUGCUCUUAUCCACGAAUCGCGGUGUGUUCUUGUUGGAACCUGCUGAUGGUGCAUUGGCCUCGGUUGGGUGGUUGUUUGAUAUUCUUGCGUUCUUAUUUGCGAUAUACCCCCGGGGCGCCACCGCCGUCGUCCUUGGAUUGAUUGAUCACGAGAGCUUCAUUGCGCACACGCGUAGCUAGAUACCUGCGACGUAGAUAUAAUAUCCUUUCAAAAAACUAUGAUGACGAUGAACUACAUCACAGGCAGCCGGGGCU